UCAUUGUUGAUCCUGACGACGUUGAGGUGAAAACCAUCUUAGUUUUAACUGAAAUGCCCGUUAAUCUGCCUGACGUCAGCCGAUUCUCAAAGUUUUGGAGGCUAAUAAGAAGUACCGCGUGGUUCUACCGCGCUGUAUGUAACUGGAUUCACAAAGAUAACAGAAAACGAGGUGAAUUGACAGCGGACGAAGUUAAAGAAGCAGAGAAGGCGCUUAUUAAGGAUAGUCAAAGAAGAAUAUUUUCUGACGAUAUUAAAAAUAUUAAAAAAUGUGGACAAGUGGACAAAGAGAGUUUUCUAUGCCAAUUAACGCCAUUUCUGGAUGGAGACGCCAUUCUCCGCGUUGAUGGGAGGAUUCGCGAAGCGAAUGUUGGCAAUGACACUCGACACCUAAUCAUUUUGCAUCCAAAAGACAAAUUUACGCGUCUCAUCAUGCACCAGUACCAUCAAGAUGCAGCCCAUAGUGGACGGGAACUGGUAUUUAAUAAUCUUCGACAACGUUUUUGGAUAAUCGGUGGAAGGAACGCUGUCAAGUCUAUUUGGAACGACUGUCAGUUAUGUAGAAUAAGGAGAGCAAGACCUGACCCACCUCUGAUGGGGUCAUUACCCGAUAUAAGGCUGACUCCUGGUGGACGCGCUUUCCAGUAUACGGGUCUGGACUAUUUCGGCCCAAUGCUGGUCAAGGUAGGCCGUCAUCGAGAGAAGAGAUAUGGAGCUCUUUUCACCUGUCUUACGGUUCGAGCUAUCCAUAUUGAGGUGACACAUGAUUUAUCAACAAGCAGUGCUAUCAUGGCCAUCCGACGUUUCAUUGCUCGUCGUGGUUGCCCAAGACAAAUAUGGAGUGACAAUGCCACCACUUUUAAAGGAGCCGACCGUGAGCUGAAAUUGUCCGUGGCGGCCUUGGACAAAGACGAACUAACUAGGAUGGGAAGUACCAGGGGAAUUGACUGGCACUUUAUCGCCCCUAACGCUCCUCAUAUGGGAGGUUGUUGGGAGCGAAUGGUGCGCUCUGUUAAGACUGCUCUCCGUGUCACUCUAAAAGAAACAGCGCCGAGUGAUCAAGUUCUGUCAACACUCCUAGCGGAGACAGAACAUUUUGUAAAUAGUAGACCACUAACGUAUGUACCUAUUGACAAGGACGACGACUUACCUUUAACUCCGAAUGACUUUUUGAUGACGAAGACAAAUGACAUGGACCAUCCUUUGGGUAUCUUUGACGACGAUGACUUACUGCGACGAUCCUGGCGUCACUCCCAGCGACUGGCCGACCUUACCUGGAAACGUUGGAUAAAAGAGUACUUACCAACUUUGACAAGACAAGACAAAUGGUUUCGACAAGAAACACGACCGUUAAUGACUGAUGACGUUGUAAUUAUAACUGACGAUCAAUUCCCACGAAACCAGUGGCCCAAAGGACGAGUGACGGCAGUGUAUCCUGGGAAGGACGGCAGGGUUCGAGUAGCUGACGUGCUGACUUCGACCGGACUCUAUAAGCGACCAGUGACAAAGCUGGCCAGAUUGGACGUCCGCGCCUAGGCCUUGCCUGGAGUAUUGGCUUCCAAUACUGGAGGUGGGGAUGUUGCGGCCUCUUUGACAGGUUUUAUCGCUGGCCGCUAAGACAUUCUACAAUUAAAACUGACAGCUUGGGACAAAACAAAAGGACUUUGACAAAAGACCGAUAAGAAGACGGACGUAAUUUUGAUGACAAAUUUGCCUUUUAAUUUUAAUACAUUUUGACGACAA